AUGGGAGCUAACGGUAAAGGCAAUAAUAAAUGUUUCUUCGCUAAGAAGUUCUUCGGCAAGAAGGCUACUGCUGUUGAUAACAACGGUUCUACUACUGAUGAUGUUGAUGACCCUAACAAUGUUCGAGUUGAGGACAACAAGUCGGUUUCUUAUUUCACUCUGUUCGCUCUGGCCGAUAAACACGACAAGAUCAUCCUUGCCAUAGGUGUCACGGCCGCCUUGAUAAACGGUGCUCUGAUGCCACUGUUCUCGCUCUUGUUUGGCAACUUUGCUGAUGCUGCUGCUGGUGGCAUUGCCGGUUUCAUGCAUAGGAUAUCCAAGGUUGCUUGGGAAAUGUGCGUAUUGGGCGCGAUUUCUUUCGUGGCUGCCUCCAUUUUCAACGCUUGUUUUUCAUAUUUUUCUGAAAAUCAAGUGACGAGGUUGAGAGUUAAGUACUUACAAGCUGUAGUUGGCCAAGACAUUGCUUGGUUUGAUGUUAGGACCCCUGCGGCGCUACCCGCUCGCAUGUCUGAGACGUCCUCAAGUCCGUGA